GGAGUAAAUAAGAUUAUUUGAUGUCAUCAGUUCGUCAUAGAUUCUAUGGCGCAAGCCUUGGGUGCUGCUUCCUUGACUUGUUUCUUGACGAAGUACACGAUUGCAUGCAUUGCAUGGGUUUGUGAAGUACAUCCCUGCUUUUGUAUGUCGGAGUUCAUUCAGUUUUGUUAAAAGUAUUUAAUUUGUGUGAUAUUCGGUUGACUUAAAAAUUAUUUGGUUGUAAUGGCAGACGAAGAAUACGAGGGAGAUGAUGGCGGUGACGAUUUCGAUGAUGUUGACGAAGAUGAAAAUUUGGAGGAAAUAGAUCAACAGGAAGAGGAAGGUGAAAACAUAGACCUGCUAGCAGCUGGUGCUGCUGGAGGUGGUGUUCAGAAAUCUAAAAGGAUUACUACCCGUUACAUGACUAAGUAUGAAAGGGCAAGAGUUCUGGGAACAAGAGCUUUACAAAUAGCGAUGUGUGCUCCUGUUAUGGUGGAAUUGGAAGGAGAAACUGAUCCUCUACAAAUUGCCAUGAAGGAAUUGAAGCAGCGCAAGAUUCCUAUUAUAAUACGACGAUAUCUUCCUGACAACAGUUAUGAAGACUGGGGAAUUGAUGAACUUAUUAUUAUUGAUCAUUAAUUUAUUUUUUUUACGUAAUAUGUAAAUGCAAAUGUGAUAAAGUGAAAUAAAACUCUAAUUUUAUUUCAUUACUCGCAGAUGUUCAGUUUUUGAACAAUGCAUAGCAGUAAUGUUUUGUUAUGUACGUUACUUCGUGACAUCUGCACACUUGAAUAUGUUGAUUGGGGUUAUUUUUGUAUUUCACUUAUGAAUACUAGAGAGAGGUAUUUUGACCUAGAUGAAGUUGAUAAAACUGCAAACUUGGAUGUAUUGUAAGGAUGUACAUGAAAUGUUCUGAGGCAAUAAUAUGACCAUUAUUGUGUGAAAUUCAUCUUGCAUGCUUCACUCCAAAUGGAAGUAAGUUUCAAAUUGUCACGGUACGUUCUGCUAACUCUAAAUACCUCUUCAUUUAAGUUUCAACUGCCACUGUAUGUGGUUGCAGUGUGAUAGUUCUCAAUUGCUAAACUAAACAUCAGAUCAGUGCCAGCAGCAUGUUAUAUCCUGGGAGCUACACACUUAGCAAGUUCUAAUUUUGUCCUGGAAUAUUUACAGAAAACAUCUUUUCACUUUUCAAGGAUCCAAAAAAAGAUUAUGUAAAUAGUGAGAAAUUGGUUUUGUUUUAAUAAUAAAAGGAACAUUAAUGAUGUAUUAUUAAUAUUAUCCUUUAUAGAGAAAUUAAGCUUUGCAUGUCAAAAUACACUAAUUCUACUCCCCCCCCCAUUCAGUUCAAAAAUCUAUGAUGAAAUGAGCGUGGAAUUUCUAAGGUUCAAAGUAAUGACUGCAUUGAAUUCAAUACUGAAGAAAGAAAUAAUUAAAACAUGCUUUGUAACUUUUCCCCAUUGUGCCCAUACCUGCUGCCUUUCCAACUUUACGGUCGGAAUAUUAUUAAAUUCGUGAAGAGCUGACAUGAAAUUGCACCAUAUUAUCUUCAAUAAAUCAAUAACAAUAUGAAGGUACCCUCUUAUGCGCCAGAAUCCCCUAGGUGUGACAGUAGGUUGGGAAGGGGGUGGUGGUAAAUUAUACAUAAAAUUAACUUCCUUUUCCUUUCUAUAGUGAUAAUGAUUAAUAAAAUACAUAUGCAACAUAGGGUACUUCAGCUAGUCAUAUGUUUGUUAGUCCUUGUUACAGUAUUGAAAAAAUUUUACUUUCUACACAUGGAGAAAAAAAACAAGACAAAACUUUGAUAUAUGUUCUGUUAAUUCUAACACACUGGUUGAAGUGUGCUAGUUUUCUAUAUAUGUGUGAAGCUAAAAAUCUUUUAUAAAGAUAAAAACACUAACACCCAAUUUGUGGGUCAAGCAACCUCUAAAUGGACAAUGUUGUGUUAUAGGCACUAGUUGCCAAAAUAAGAACAUAUUCACUUGUCUCAGAAAUAACUAGUUUGGAUUUUGCAUUCAUUUAAUUGGAUUUAUCUAUCUGAAUAGGAAAUGUACUAAGAUAGUAGAAGGGAGAAGUUUUUUAAAUGUAUGAUUUCUAAAUGAAAUGUACACAAAACACGUGACGGCGAUGGUGUAACGGUUAGCGUACUGGACUGUUGUACCCAAGUUGGCGG